CAGAUGGUCGCCCAAGGUCCAAUCAAAUCAUUCGGUUCGGACAACGUACGUGGGCGGGCACCAAAACAUUGUUCGCAAGCACGCAUCGCGUUUAUUUACAACAAUUUGAAUUCGGAUUUAUUGAAUGGAAAAUCGAUGGGUGACAGUUGGAAAUUACAUUUAUAAAGGCAGUGAAGAGUUUUGGUGGUGAAUUGUGACUGGACGGUCGAUUUUGUUUGGUUUAUUGACUGGUGCGAUCUUGGAUAUUUGGUGAAAAUGACGGCUUCCACUAUGAUUGAGCUGGAAUCCUGGAUUAUCUACCAGUGUGUUCUGAACGAAUGCCAUGUCUCCAGCUGAACGUCUGAAUAAGCACGUCUAUUUUGGCAACGCGUUUUAUUAAGCUUUCUUCAAUGGUGUCGACUUCGAUGGAAGGCGGCGCGUGGUGCGCCCGCGACAUCUCGCUGCGCGCGCAGAAGAAGUUCCUGUCGCGCGUCGGCGGCGCCGCCAGCGCACGCGCACUCGUGCUCGAUGAACAUGCCGCCAAGCUGCUCGAUCAGUUCCUGACCGUCCUGCGCGAGCGUGUGGAGAAGCGUGAGGCGGAGAAGCUGGUGAAGCAUGUGAUCAAGGCUGCAGUCAAGCUGGGCGUGCUGCGGCGCCACAACCAGCUGUCGGCGGCUGACGAGCGUGCGCUGGCCGCCUUCAGGGCCAAGUUCCAUACGGUGCUGAUGGCCGUGGUGUCGUUCUGCGAGGUGGACUUCUCUUAUGACCGCGGGUUUCUACAAGAUGCCCUGCGCGACUCCCACCAGUCUCUCAAGUCGGUAGUGGAGCGUCACCUCUCAGACAAGUCAGUGUCCCGGCUCGCGGGAGUCUUCAACCUGGUGUCGCGAGGAGACCUGCUGGACUCGUUGUUCGCCGGCCAGGUAGACGAUGACGUUCUCAAACUAACCAGGAUGCUCCGGAAAGAACUGGAUAGAGGCCUCCUAUAAUCCACCCAGCGCGAAACAUCUGUGCCGUCCUAUAACUACCAAAGCUGUGCGUACCAUCUCAAUUUUGGAGAAUGAAAGAUAAUAGUAGUUGUCGAGUCUCCACUGUCUUUAAGACAGCAUUUGAAAGGUUGAACCUUUCUUUUGAUGUAUGAACCUCACGCACUAGUAUAUGAAUAGCAGAAGCAACGGAUUGUAUUAUGUCUCACCAUAUGGGUCAUAUGUCAAAAGGGGACUAUAGAAAGUUUCGACUAUGGGAUCACUUUCAACAAUAUCGUUAGCUCCACAAAUGGAGAUUGGAUUUUCUACUUUAAGUCUUUUUCGAUGAAAUUACUAGAUAUAUGUACAUUUUGCACUGACAACCGGAUGACGGUUGAUAAUAUCUUGUCCACUAUUGUCCACACCUGUGAAUUAUUCAGAAACGUGUUACUCUUUCGUAAUUAAAUCUUAAAUGUUCUUUCUUUUUUUCCCACAAAGUCGUAAUUUUCAAACUGACAAAUUAUCUUAAAGGUGUGGACCUUAACUAGGGUAUCUUAAAAUCUUGCUUAGGCCUUAUUUUCACUAGUUGCACGAUGGUUUGAAACGCCAUUCUAAUACUGUAGUUUGUUUUAAUCACGUAGUUUCGUAUGGAGACUAAAACGCCUGAACUAAAGUUAUAGUUUAUGGAAACCACAUGAGCUUUUGCCAGACGAAAAUACAAGUGUAUUUUAGUCUUAUGAAUAUGAGAUAGAAUCUAGCGACUAUAGAAACAAAGUAAAGAUGCAAUCUCGUAUCUAAAUACUCCGUGGUACCUUGUCAGGACGAUGUAAUUGUAUGAGAUACAGGAAUUUUAAUCAAAGAUGUACGUAUAUGAUUUAAACGUCAUAUAAUUAUUUCCUUUUAGACCUUGUUAAUGGCUAAGACAGGGCUGCCUAGACCGCUUCGUUUCAAGCGUCUUAUAUGUACCCUAUAUACAUCAAUGCUAACAUAAUAAGAGUGACAUUAUAUCUCGUCUCUUUGGUACUUUUAGUUCGAAAGAGUAAUAUCUCUCGUCUCUUUCGCACUAGGCGAUGUACUAUAUCUCUGUCCUGCUGUCAUUCUAAUCUUACUACGUUGUAGAGGUUUUAUAUAAGUCAGGUUUAAUUUACCGAAAAACUGCCGUUCGUUUGUGUCGACAUUUGACAUAUUCAACCGAGUACCAAAUGCGGCAAAGUAGUUAAGUAAUUAGAUAUUUCCUUGGCUAUCUUCUGUGUCUAACUUCUUACUAUUAGUAUGUUCCUCUGCAGUCCUGUCUGAUUCAAAUGCAACUCUGAGUAGGCGUAUUUCUGCUGGUUUCCAGAACCAAUUGCUUUAUUAGUUUAUUACCAACGUUUUGAUGUUGUCCUUCUUACAUAUCUGUACUAAAUUUAGGUGAACGGUUGCGAAAAUUAUCAAGAAAAGUAUGGGUAAAAAUACAUAAUUAAAAACAGCGUUGUUGCCAUAACCUGGUUACAUAUUUCGUGUAAAAAUAUCAAAAAGUUUUUUAUAUUUUUUUUAUAUCGUUAAAGAAUUUCCUAAACGUCAACGAAAUUAUUUUGGCUAAAGUAACUACACUUGCCUUAUAUUUGCCAAUUGUUGAAUAAAUAGUGGUGAGAAGUUGUGUAAUUAUUUUACUAAGUUUUUUUUCUGAUCUGUCAUGGUAGAUCUUGCCUGAAUAUAUUAUGGAUUGAUUUUAUUGUUUUUAAUAAGUUUUAUUACUUAGAUAAUAUAAUAAGUUUUAUAGGUAAGAUACUGCAUUUAUGUGUAGAUGUAAAUACGAUAUACUCGACUAACUCGAAUAUUGUUUAAGUAUUAGUUGUGUAACAUUUUGAAGACAGUUACCAUAGGAUGUUCUGUAACAUACUGUCGAUGUACCAAACAGUGAUCGGGAUAUAUAGUGCCAUUUGUGACAUUUGUCUUAACAUGGAUAUGCCUCCCAAGCCUAGAAUAUCGAAACACAAUAUUCAAUGUUUUAUUAAACAUUUCUUUUAUUUUAGUAAGUUUUAUGUUACGUAUUUUGUUUUUUUUUUUGUAUAUCAUUAUUUAUUUAUGUAUUUUUGUCUUAACUGUUUGUCUGGAUCAACAAACUUUUACAUUUAUAACAUUAGUAGGACUGUACUUAUGCUAUCUUAAACAGUUUACGUUUGUGUAAUAAAAGAAGAAGACAAUAUUAAAAUGUAACGUAAUUACGAAAUCUCGAGGUCUUAUCCACAUUAACGACAACAUUUAGGGUUAUUGACCCCAUUAUAGCACUACCUAUCUCAAUCACUGCUUAAUAUAAACUAUCAGUGUAAAUGGAUGUUUUUUGAAAACCAUAAAUAUCUUAUUGUGUAAUCUAUUAUGAUGAACUCUUCAUAAAGAUUAUCAAUGCGUAAAGUUCAAUUUAGUGUUUGGAAACUAAAAUGUAAUUGUGACUAUGUUUAGGUAUACAUAUUAACAUAUACAUGACAUGAUUUCAGAAUAAACUUUUACCGGCGUUAAAGAAAAUCGAACUACAACAAUUUUUCGUCAAACACUCUUUGGACCAAAAUUCUAAUAUUACAGUUUAAACAUAUCUAAAAGUAAAUUCAUAUCUGAUUUUUUAGCAAUAAAGAAUGAAGUCGCAUGUAGGAAUAAUUUUAACAUUACUAUGUAUUACGAAGAACUUUGUAGAGUAUGGAUAAGUUAUACUACGCACACUGUUUACUCUUGCCUAAUUGUAUUUAUGUAUUUAUGUCGUGUCUUCGUGUUAUUUCAUGUCUAACUUGUGUUGAUGUUGUAUUUGCCAACUAGGCAGAAGAAAAAAUAAAAUAGUUUAUUAAAGAUAUUGAGACCGCAAUCACUAUAACACUUGAAUUAUAUAUGUAGGAGAAAACAUUCGGAAUAACAGGCACGUAUACUUCUUCCACUUGGGUAUUUUAUUCAGAGGUCUUUACUCUACGAGUGUCUGACACGGAAUGAAUCGAAUGCUACCUGCGCUGUCCUUUUUAUAGGAGGUGACAAACAAGUUGCACGUGUUCAUUCUGAGUCAACAAAGUUUAGUAUUUUAAUAUUAUAAAUUUAACAAUAAAUAAUUUAAUAAAUAGUUUUACAUCUUUUCAGUAAAUAAAUACUUAUUAAAAACAAACAUUUCAUAAACAAAAAUUUACUAUCGAUUAACUAAAAAAAUGGACAAUGGUGUGACAAAUAAAUGUGGUUUUUAGAAACAUGCAAAAUUAUUAUUCUAUUUUAUGAUUAUUGUAGUUUAUUUAUAAUUAUUUAUUAGUCGUCGCUAUCAUAUAUGUAUAUGUAUUGCACUAGCUUUCCACAUUUCAUCCCCUUAAGGGCUGGCAAUUUUUUCCAUCGCCUUUUCAUCCCCUUAGAGGGUGAUUUUUUGGAUAAAACCUAUCCUUUGUUCCUCCCUAUGUCUCAAACUGUUUGUAUAAAAUUUCAUCUAAAUCGGCUUAGUAGUGUAAGCGUGAAUGAUAACAGACAGACAGUUUUACUUUCGCAUUUACAAUAUUCGUGUGGAUAGUGCGCGGGACAGCUGUCAGACCAUUUCUUGAACAUCUCUCUCUUUCGCACUAGGCUGUACUAUAUAUUUCUGUCCUGCUCUCAUCUCCACCUAUUUCUUACAAAGUUUUUUCUAAAGAUCUAAAUGGCGAAUACAACAAUCAUAGCUAGAUGAAAUCAAAGAAACGUCCACGUAGGGAUUGUAUUAAAAUGACAAUAUAAAUGUUUAAUGUAAUGUCACUUGGUUUACUCUCUCUUCAAACUGAAGUACGUAAAUAAUUGUGUAUUUUUGUAAAUGUACCUAGUUGAAGAAUGUUAAAUUAGUAUGUUUUUUUCUAAAUGGAUUUUGUCGUCUUCGUCUAUUUCCAACUUACUAGAGACAAGUUGAGUGGAGGGGAGACUUGCUGAUAUGAACCAAUGGGAAGUGGUUCUCUGUAGGAGUUGCUCUGCUAUUGGUUGACUCUUUUAUCCACUCCACUCUACUCAUCUCCGAUUGGAUGGAAUACGUCUUAAUGUUUUAUAACUUACACCCGUAUUCUAAGAUGUCCACUCGACUUUUCCUCCACUAGACUCUUCCUCCACUCGACUCUUCCUCCACUCGACUCGACCUCAGCAGUAUUUUAAGUUAACAUUUUCGUCCCCGACUUGAGGACUUUACUCAAUGGAGUCGAGCAUAUCGUACUGCCAACAUAAUAAUACGAAAAUAAUGACGUCAUACCUAAGAAUACCGAUUUUGAGCUAAGUUCGAGGAAGGCCUUGAGGUCGCCUCAGUUAAGGACGCAGUCGAGUAAUUGAGUCGACCUCAAGGUUAACAUCAUAGAAUACGGUGAAAAUUUGAAGUGUAUAGUUUCAUGUAUUUAUUUAUUAUUUAUUCGAGAGCACGCAGCGUCAAAGAAGCUUAUUUUCUUGAACAUAGACAUUUUAAAAUAUCUCUGAAUAUUCGAACAAGGUGCAAAUUUUGGCGAACAAAAAAUUUUAAUUUAGUUUGACCGUUUUAAAAUAAUGCCGUCUUUUUCCUACGGUAAGUGCAAGAAAGAGAUAGAGCUUAACUUUUGUUGCCAAGACCGGCACCAUUAUUAAUAUUUAUUAGUUAGUUACGCAGAGACACCGAUGUUAUUAGGGUUGUGUUCAUAUUGAUCUAUACAGGGUGUUAGUGACAUCGUAACGAAAACUUUGAGGGAUGAUUCAGAUCAUGUUCCCGAGUUCAUAUGAAAUGGAAUUUUCCAUCGUAAAAGUAUGAAACUCUAAAAUAAUUUUGCGACGGAAAAUUCCACUUAAUAUUAACUCAGAAUAAUGGUCUGCAUCAUCCCCCACAGUAUUCGUUACGAUGUCACUAUCACCCUCUAAGUAUAUCCUUUUUCUUGCCUAAUACAGAUAACCUAAAAAUAAAAUCAGUUAUUACCGCUUAUGGAAUAUUAACAUGAUGUGUUCGAAUAUCCUAAAGGUUUUAUGUACCUACAGGGGGGUUAAAAUGGCCACAUCCAAGCAAUUCAUCUAAGAAAGCAUUAUUGCAAUUUGAUAUUUGCGCAUUUAAAAUUAAGUGCGCAAUGCAAACAAAUGUCAAAUAGCAAUAUUGCUUUCUUAGAUGAAUUGCUUCGAUGUGGCCAUUUUAACCCCCCUGAGCACCGCAAGGCACCCCAAACAUGACAUUUGCAUAUUUUGAGUAAGAGGGCCAUAAGUUUCAAGUCAAGUCUAGAUCUCAAUUAAUUACUUAGGUACUAUGCGGCCGCGUACUCGUUUGACCAAACUACCUACAUAUAGUCACGGUAUAAGAAAACCAAGUAUGCUCAAAAGUGACAGCUAACAAUUCAAGGUUAGCCCAGCUGACGUCAUCCCACCCUGUGUUGCCAUUUCGUAAAAAAUGAAUUACCCACGACCAAUGUUUUUGAUCUACUUUGCAAAGAACUUUUGAACUUUUAGUAAAAGAUUUACUUACAGUUUUAAUGAUUUUCAUAUUAGUCAGUAAUUCACUUAAUUGUCAAUAAUAAAAUUUACUUCAAAAUAGGUCAAAGCCUUGUCGCCUUGUUGCCUUGUGUUCAUCAUAAUCGAGGAGAGACACCAACUUGAGUGUAGUGUUUUCGCACUCACUACAUCCGAUUCUAAUGCGAUCCGAGUCCAAGACGAAUGGCAAGAAGAAUGGCGGACAGUAGAAAAUUAUCAUGAGACACCUGGUGGAUGAGCCGUGGUAGCACGCUUGCCUCUUACUUUGAGGUCGCAGGUUCGAAUCCAGUACAGACCUAAACCAAUGAUUGUUGGAUUUGCUUUGGAAUUCAUGUUUGGAUCAUAAAUGAUCACGUGCUCAGCGGUGAAGGAAAACACCGUGAGGAAACCCACAUUCCCAACAAAUGCAUUUUCGGAGGUAUGUGACCUAACCUGUAUUGGGAUGGUUUAUCCUUCGCGGGUAGGAAGGUCAGACAGGCAGUCAAAUCUUCAGGUUAGGUAAGCGGACCUUGUGAAAAACUGGAUAAUGCUAGAGAGAUGAUGACCUGAUGGAUGUACUGCGUAGGGUACCAUACGAAUAGGUCUACGUCCUUCGGAUCCGUCAUUUGACUCGGAUGGGAUAAGAAACUGAGUAGUGCGAUAAUAUUAUGUCGUUGUCCUCUUUUAACUUUGGUGUCUUUGCAUAAUGCUAUCUCGCUUUUAGUAAAAGAGAAAGCACGCGAUCAGGGUUGUUCCUAUCUCUCUCACACCACUGUCACCCAGUACACGGUCUAAAACCUAAACUUUUCUUCCGUUUAUGAAUCUCACUUGGAACUCAUGACGCCCAAACUAUUGCAUAUUUAGUUUUUCAAAUUUGUUAAGCUGUGUUAUAUAUGUAUUAAGAUUUGAUAUCAAAAUAUACAAUUGAUAAGAA